CGUAUAUGAUGUGAGAGUACCCAAACGACUCGAAGGUUAACAUGAGAGGCCCAGUCCGGUCCAGAUCCAAACACACGUGUCCAAGGGAACGAGAGAGCGAGAGAGAAACAGACGAGAAGCAUGCAUGAUUCGUGAAUCCAAAUCAAAAUCACAAUCCCUCGAUUUUUCCCCCCAACCCACCUGGAAAAAAGCAAAGAAAAGAAAAGAAAGGAAAAGAGCAUCUGACGACGAUUUCACCGAAUUCUCUCUAUUUCUCCUUGGGGGUGUUAAUUAAUUGUUUACCUUUUUAUUCCUCAUUGAAUUUCCGAACGCAAAAUUGGGUUUUAGUUCUAGGGUGGUGGAAAUAGAAAUUGGAACAAAAAAGGGGAAAAGAAAGAGGAGAAAAGUGGAAUUGUGAUUAUGAUGGAAGCGAAUGGUCAGACAAGUACUGUUGCUGCUGUUCGUUCGCUUGUUGUUCAUCGCGGUUUCUUCUUUUUUAUUUAUAGUAUUCAUAUUUUCGAGUUUAUUAAUGAUCUUGUCGAUAUUGCUUUCGUUCUUAAUGUUUUAAUGUUUUUGACAUUAUUUGUGAAAUUCCCAUCACAUCCGUAGAGAGAGAGAGGGAGAUUUUCUUUUUGGUUGGUGGUGGAUUUUUAUUCCUCCUUCGCUUCGCUUUUCGUCAAACCCCAAAUCGAGAUUGUUGUUCGUGAUGGUGUUUCCUUUCGAGAGGGAGAGAACCCUAAGAAUCCUCCUUUGGUUUCAGAGAGAGAUGAAUUCCUCAUUUUUCCCUUGAUUUUUUUUUGCUCUCGAAGCUUUGAUCCGUCUGGUUAUCGGCACCACAAGUGUGCAUCAAUGGAGGGGGGUGAUGAAGCUGACAAGAACAGUAUACCUGAAGGUGGUGAAACCAAGUCCAAACGGAAAAUGAAGACAGCUGCUCAGCUCGAAGUUCUGGAGAAAACCUACGCCGUUGAAUCUUACCCUUCUGAGGCCACACGAGCCGAGUUGUCUGACAAACUGGGCCUUUCCGACCGGCAACUACAGAUGUGGUUCUGCCACCGGCGACUGAAGGACCGGAAGCGCCAAAGAAAGGUUUCUACGGCCAUGGAGUCCAAAGCUGCCGCCAAUGGCAAUGAGUUGACGGCUGCAGUUGAGGCGGGAAAGGAGCCCACCUCCUUUGGGAAUGAGUUGGAUACCAGAAGAGCUGUGGUGAGGUCAUCAAUGGCGGUCCCGAGGGUCGGGAGGUGGCACAACGAGCCAUCCCCACAAAUGGCGGCUGAGCUUAGGGCCAUUGGUUUUGUGGAGGCUCAGUUGGGAGAGCGGUUGAGAGAGGAUGGGCCGAUUCUCGGGAUGGAGUUUGAUCCUUUGCCCCCUGGUGCAUUCGGGACACCUAUCGAAACGCCAAGUCAUCCCAAGCCACCCGGGCAUUCUCUUGAGUCCCAUUUUUAUGAACGUGCUGAUGCAAAAUCUGUCAAGGAUAGGGUUAGGCCAAUUCGUGAAUAUCAGUUUCUUCCCGAGCAGCCAUCUUCAAGAGUUUCUCCGCCGCAUCACUCUGGAGUGGCGCUCGAUGUUUCAGUCAUAAGGGCUACUUCAGUGCCUUGUGGACAUUUGUAUUCUCAUCGGGAUGAAAAUGUACCCUAUGGAUAUGGUCAUUCAGCUCAGACACCAAAUCUAAACCUGUCAACUCUUCAUCCAAAAGCUGGGUAUGCCUUCUCGCCUAGUUCUGGAGAGUACGACUCAGUUCACCGGAAGAACUACACGGAUGCUACUGCACAUGACAACUUUGAUGAUCACCCAAUUCAUACAGUUGGGAAUCCUUUCGUGUUGUCUGAGAGAAACGCUGGUAACGAUGAUGAUGUCAUGCGAAUGGAGAGGAAACGUAGGAAUGAAGAAGCGAGAAUAGCUCGAGAAGUUGAAGUUCACGAGAAGAAAGUCAGAAAGGAGCUUGAGAGACAAGAUAUGCUGAGGCGAAAGAGAGAGGAACAAAUAAGGAAAGAGAUGGAGAGGCAAGACCGUGAAAGAAGGAAAGAGGAGGAGCGGCUUUUACGUGAAAGGCAGAGAGAGGAGGAGAAGUACCUGAAGGAGCAGAGGCGUGAGCUGCUGCGGAGAGAGAAGUUCUUAAUAAAAGAAACUAUUAGGGCAGAGAAAAUGCGACAAAAAGAAGAACUGCGUAGAGAGAAGGAGGCAGCUAGGCUUAGAGCCGCCAAUGAGAGGGCAAUUGCUCGUAAAAUCGCCAAGGAAUCCAUGGAACUUCUUGAAGAUGAACGGUUGGAGCUCAUGGAAUUGGCUGCUUCUAGUAAAGGAUUGCCUUCUACGCUCGCUCUUGAUUUUGAAACAUUACAAAACCUUGACACGUACAGAGAUAAGCAGACAGCAUUCCCGCCAACAUCUUUGAAAUUGAAGAAGCCUUUUGCGAUCAAACCAUGGAAUGGUUCCGAGGAAAACGUCGGGAAUCUUCUCAUGGUGUGGAGAUUCUUGAUCACUUUUGCUGAUGUUCUUGGGCUCUGGCCGUGUACUCUUGAUGAGUUUGCCCAGGCGUUCCAUGACCAUGAUCCUCGGCUAUUGGGAGAGGUACACAUUGUUCUCUUGAGGAUGAUAGUCAAAGAUAUCGAGGACGUUGCAAGGGCAACGUCCGUCGGGCUUGGAGCUAACCAGAAUGCUGCUGCUGCUACUAAUCCCGGAGGGGGUCAUCCUCAUAUUGUCGACGGCGCUUAUGCUUGGGGUUUUGACAUACGAUGCUGGAAACGCCAUCUAAAUACCUUAACUUGGCCUGAAAUCUUGAGGCAACUCUCUCUAUCUGCCGGGUUUGGAUCGCAACUGAAGAAAAAGAAUAUCGGACAACCGUUCACUCAUGAAGAAAAUGAGGUCAACGAAUCCGAGAAUGUGAUUUCCAGCCUACGGAAUGGAGUAGCGGCCGAGGAUGCUUUUGCCAAAAUGCAAGAAAGGGGCUUUUCGAAUUCUCGGCGUUCUCAGCAUCGUUUGACUCCUGGAACUGUUAAAUUCGCUGCUUUUCACAUACUGUCUUUCGAGGGGGAGAAUGGUCUGAAUAUUCUCGAGGUUGCAGAAAAGAUUCAGAUAUCUGGAUUGAGGGAUCUAACCACAAGCAAAACUCCGGAAGCCUCGAUUGCUGCCGCGUUGUCACGGGACAUGAAACUCUUUGAGAGGGUAGCGCCUUCUACUUACUGUGUGCGAGCUCCCUAUAGAAAGGAUAAUGGUGAUGCCGAGGCUAUACUUGCUGAAGCAAGGGAGAGAAUCCGGAUAUUCAAAAGUGGAACUACUGAUGUAGAAGACGUUGACGAAGCUGCUGGGAAGGACGAAGAUUCUGAAAGUGACGUUGGAGACGAUCCCGAGGUUGAUGAUCUCGGGAUGGUUGAUUUAACCCCCAAAGUGGAAGGCCUAGAUGCUCGGGUGAUGGAAAAUUCGACCAACAGAAAACCCAUAUUUGAAAACGGGAAAUUGAGUGACGAAGUUGUGAAAACUGAAUCGGAGUUGUCUCUUUCUCGAUUUCACUCUGAGGAUGUUAAAGAGGAGAGAAAGGAAAGUAGUUUAGUUGAACAGUACGAAGAAGAUGAUUGUUUUGAUGAGAGCAAACUCGGGGAAUCAUGGGUUGAAGCACUCGUAGAAGGAGAAUACUCGGAGCUCAGCGUUGAGGAACGUCUAAAUGCGCUUGUUUCUCUGAUUGGUGUUGCCAUUGAAGGAAACACUAUUCGUGUUUCACUCGAGGAACGUCUGGAAUCUACAAGUGCGUUAAAGAAACAGAUGUGGGCUGAAGUGCAACUCGACAAACGCCGAAUAAAGGAAGAGUUUGUGAUUCGGACGAGUUAUCCGUUGUACCUGGGAACCAAGCGAGAGCCCAAUAUCACCAUUCCGUCUUCCGAGGAACGCGAAAGCCCGUUAACCAAUGAUAUGCAUUUGGAUCAGAUUCGAUUGCAUGAAAGUUCGAGUUUUUCACGGAAUGAUAGGUGUGACAUGAACGAUACUCCUGUCGGCACGGGAAAUCCGACAGGAGUGGAUAAUUUCCAGUAUCAGAAUCAGGGUUAUGUUGCAGAUAAAGAAAGGAUGCGUGCACAGUUAAAAGCAUAUGUUGGGUAUAAAGCUGAAGAACUAUAUAUGUAUAGGUCUCUGCCGCUGGGUCAGGAUCGCAGACGCAAUCGCUACUGGCGUUUUACCGCAUCUGCUUCUCGAAGCGAUCCGGGUUGCAGUCGGAUCUUUGUGGAACUGCGUGACAGCCGGUGGAGGAUCAUUGAUUCCGAAGAGGGUUUUGAUUCUCUGGUUAAGUGUUUAGACGUUCGUGGAGUAAGAGAAUCACAUUUGCACUUCAUGUUGCGAAAGAUUGAAGUAUCUUUCAAGGAAUCUGUUGGGAGGAAUGUUUGUAAAACCUCGGAAGUUACGUGUUCUUACCUCAAUAGCCCGAGUGGUAAUAGUUGUGGGUCGGGCUUGGAUUCUGAUACUGCCGAGAUCUCCACGACAUUCAAUAUCGAAUCGGGAAGUAACCCGAUUGAGAGACAGAAUGUGUUGCAACGAUACCGGGAUUUCGAGAAAUGGAUGUGGGUGAAUAUGUUGUGUUCCGAUACAUUAGUAUCUGCAUUCAAGAAUGGAGCCGGAAAGAGCAGAACGCUUCUCUGCAUUUGCGGCUCAUGUGGUGAAGUCUACUUGGCCGAGGGCUUGCAUUGUCCGGGUUGCGGUCAGGCUUGUUGUUCCGACACGAGUGGGUUGUGCUUUGCUGAACAAGUGGCUCGGCUCGGAGAUAAUUUUACGGGAGAAUCUGAUUCCUUUUUGGGCGGGUCGGUCUCGUCUCCGCCCAGAAUCAGAUUGAUCAAGAUGCAACUCUCGCUGGUCGAGUCUUCUCUUCCAUCCGAAGGACUUGGAGCCAUUUGGAUGGAAAACUUGAGAAAAUCGUGGGCUUUGAAGCUGAUUUCAUCGAAAUCCCCUGAAGAUCUGCUUCAGGUUCUGACAACCUUGGAGAGUGCCCUGAGAAGGGACUACCUCUCCUCUGACUUUGAGACAACCUCUGAACUUUUGGGAUUUUCCGAGGCCGAACACGAAGCUCGGGCUGCAGCCGGUACUUCCGAUCCUUCUGUGUUGCCAUGGAUACCGAAAACAACCGCAGCUAUAGCAUUGAGACUCUUUGAACUCAACGGCUCUAUCGCCUGUACGGCCAUUCAGAAGACUGAUGCUCACAAGGACAAAAAAUCUGAAGAUUUCAUUGUUUCGGAGGGUAACGUUCUGAGAAAUGACGCAAGGAACGAGACUCCGUCACGACCCGUUUAUGCUCAGGACGAGAACUGGGCGGAACCAAGUUUAGGGUUUGCUGGCUCUGGACGAGGAGGGAGACCACGUGGGCGAGGUCGGCCCCGUUCCCGUGGUGGGAAGUCUGAGAGAAAGGCGAAAACUGGUGGCAGGCGAGCUUUGGCAAACUCGAAUUGUGAGGGAUUGGAACCGUACCCGAGAACGGAAGCUCAGUCACGUGUCCCUGCGGGGCGGAAACGUGGACGCCGAAGCGCUAGAAGUUGCAAGAGACCGACGAAAGGAGCUCUCGGGAUAUCCAACAAUGGCGAACGCCACAAGGAUGAGGGCUUGUCCAUCCUGCCCGCGGUUCAGGACGAAGAUGGAUGGAACGAACCGCCUGAACUGCCCAAAGAGGAAGCCAGCAGUUCGGGAAGAUCGUUCCGAUACAACUACGAAGAUAACGACGGUAUAACUGCAGAAGUAGAUGAUUUGGAGGGCGGCGAUUCGAGUAAAUUAGCGGGAAGAGGCGAAUUUAACUUGAGAAGUGAUGAAGAAGAAGACGAUAUGAAUGGGGACGAUGGCGAUGAAUUUAGGAACGAGGAUUCCGACGGUGAAGAACCGGCAGAUGCGUACGAGAAGAACAGCGAUGGUCGGAAAAUGGUUCCGUACGAAGAUCCCGAUCUCACUUCUUCGUCUUCGUCGGGCUUCAUCGACUGAUUUAUGGUACGGAGUAGACGGGGAGAGAGCGAAGCCAUUCAGGUUGUGUUCUUGAAACUCUCUCUUGACUUAGUUAAUGCUGUAACAUACUGUAUAAUUAUAUAAUAUAAAAUGCGCGAAAAUGCUAAUUAGGAAGAAGAGUACAUGAAGGAUUAACAGAUUCUGUUAUCACCUGUCUAUUACGGAAUUUUGACAAUUAAUUAUAAUAAUUUUCAAAUUUA